AUGACGGAGACCAUUAACCAUCCUUUGAUAGGAGCCAUUGCGGGCAAAGCCGAGGAUGGAAUUGUUCAAUUUCUGGGCGUCAGAUACGCAUCGCUAACAGAUCGUUUAGCGGAGCCUGAGCUACUAUCCCACUAUGAUGGUGAGGAGAUUGACGCUACCAAAAAGGGGCCGCAAGUAAUUUCUCCACCAAAUGGAUGCGACAUCGAGUACGGCUUCUUACAACACUCACUACAACACUCUAACUUUGAGAUUUCGGAUCUGGAUGGUCUACACCUCAAUAUCACCGCACCCAGUGGUGCUCAGGAUCUACCAGUUCUCGUCUUUGUUCAUGGAGGUGGGUUUGCCCUGGGUUCCAAUGCAUGGCCACAAUAUGACCACCUAAGACUGGUGAAAUUAUCUGUCAUGGCGGGGUUACCAAUCCUGGCUGUAGGGAUCAAUUACCGUUUGGGGGUGCCGGGGUUUUUGACAUCUGAAGAGCUCCAAGCUGCCGGCUACAAGCCUAACAACGGUAUUCAGGACCAGCGAAUUGCCUUAAAGUGGGUGAAGCAGUACAUCCAAGGAUUUGGUGGCGAUGCCAAUAAUGUCACUCUAAUGGGGCAAAGCGCUGGAGGGGUGGCCUCAUUGCUCCAUCUUCAGUCAGAAGAACCCCUCUUUGAGCAACUUAUAGUGAUGUCGGGAACCUCACUGGCUCUUCCCCCCAUCACGCCACAAGUUGCCGAGACGGCGUAUGCCCUAUGCCUUAAGGCCAUGGGUAUACAGGAAUUAUCGGCGGGAAACCGCGUGCGAGAUAUUGUACAUGGUCCUUUGUCAAAAUUGUGGACGAAUAUUCCCUCCUACAUCCCACUGCGUCCGGUCAUUGACAAUGAUACUGUAUUUCGUGGGCCCACCCAUGAAGAUUUCGCUGGGGGUUCUGCCCAAGUUGAAGCUGUUCUACCAGGUGCGAAGUGGUGUAGGAGAGUUCUGCUUGGAGAUUGCCAAUCCGACGCUAGUAUCUUCGGCUACAACCUCAUGAAAUGUCAGACAGGGAUCGCAAACGCAUUUCACAACUCCCUAACUAAACAUUUGAGCUAUACUCCGGAGACCGUUUGUGCCUUGGAGCAGGCUUACGGUAUCAACUCCAAUACGACUGAUGAGGUGGCAUUGCAAAAUAUUUUGAAGGCUAUUUCUGACAUCCGCUUCUACGCGCCUGUGCUGGCAAUAGGAAACAACUGGCCAGGAGAAACAUACGUUUAUCACUUCAACGAACCCAAUCCGUGGGAAGGCCCCUGGAAGGGGGCGGCUUCCCAUUGUUUGGACUUUGUCUUUCUCUUUCAAAACUUCAAUGAAUAUCUCACUUCGACCCAACAGGAACGAGCGAGGCAAUUCGCGGAGCACGUAAUUAGCUUUAUAAAUGGGAAGGCACCAUUUCCAUCCCGUCAGUCCACCAGAAACGGAGCUAUGGUGUAUGGGCACCCAGUGAAUGGGGCUGUAUUUGUCCAGAGUGUUUCACCCAACGAUUUUGGCAGACGAGAGACAAUAUUGCGGCUUGCUCAAGGAGUAAGACUUGACGAAUUAAACGCAGCGCUGGGCCACUUUCUCGACGGUAAAUAAUCGUGGACAGAUCACAGCCGCUAGCGACUUUGCAUGUAAUUCAAAGCAGUUGGCAGAUAGAACCCCCUGUGAACGAGCCUCGGGAGGAACUUCUGGACAUGCUGAAGUAACCAAUUCAUUAGUCUCGUAUAUUUCUUGGACAAAGUUAACCUCCGGCCAUUCAGCCUCCUUCUAAUUCUUUGCAUGUUGUUCCAUUCCUUAACAUGGGGGUUCCUUUACAUGGGAGUGAUAAGGCGGUUGAAUAUUCGAAAAUGGUUUGUGUUGAUCCAGAAAAUUGAAAAGUCAAUCACAGCUCGUGUAGUCCUGGUCUAGGGGGAUGUACUGCAG